CUCUAAUAAGAAAAUUUGAUCGAACUUGGAGAAAACUUGGAUGUCUGUAGCUGGAAUUCACCAUCAAACACUUCAGACUGAUAAACGUGAACCAGGGAGUUUUUUUUUCUUCUAAAGGGAAGUAGAGACCGAGGUUUAUUAUUAUGGACCCCGGUAAAUCUGCGAGCGCUCCUCCACAGGAAUACGGUGAUGAGAAGUCCUCCAUGGGCCAGGUGCCACCUCCGGCCUACUUUGACAACCCCUACCCGGGGUACCCUCACACCGGCGCGGCAUACCCGACACAGAUGCAGGGCUUCGGACCUCCUCCACCUUAUGGGGGUGCAGGAUAUGGAGAGCCGUUUCCCAUGGGUCAGCAGCAGUACCCAGCACAGCCGGCCACCGUCACUGUCCAGCCCACAGUGUACGUGACUCGAGGCCCGCUGACUGAACCUGUGAACGACUACCUGUGCUACUCCAUCUUCACCAUGCUGUGCUGCUGCCUGCCUCUUGGAAUUGCUGCCCUCAUCUACUCCAUCAUAGCUCGUGAAGCCAACCACACUGGGGACCGGAACGCGGCAGAUCAGAGCAGCAGGAUGGCCAGGACACUGAACCAUGUGGCCCUGGGACUCGGUAUCGGGUCUUUUGUUCUCCUCAUUGUCUACAUAGUGGUUGUGGCAGCCUUUGCCAGCUAAAUUUGUUUCAACAUCUUUCCUAUGUCUGUAGUCCCCAUACGCUAGAUCAGAUAAUCAGACCAGAUUAGGAACAUCACUGGCCAUCAGAAGGAGUUAUUAUUGGGACAUUUGUAAAGCUGGAGUCAUCUGAUUAGCUACAAGACCUUUAAAAGUUAUUGAUAUUAUUUUUAAAAGUUGUUGGCCACUUAAUGUAAAGAGACCGCAAAAGUUCUUUAUGUAAUCCAUUACUCUCCAAGCCACUGCAAUUUUCCAAAGAUUCAUGUUUCAGCAAAUUUUUUUGUGUUUGUGAUUUGCUUUCUGUUAUCACACAUCAGAAAUAUACAUGUUUUUUUUUUUUUUAUGAAAAAUGUUUUUCAACUCUGAUGCCUAAAGAGGCCACACAUGCAGACUUCAAGUAUAAUCCAAAGAGAUUUUUACAUGUUGUGUUCAAAUUGCAAAUCAUUGUCAAUUCUGCAAUUUAAAGAGAUUUGCCUGAUUGUACGAUGAGAGAAAUACUGCUGCCUUUUCAUCAGAAUUGUUUGCUGUAAAUAUGCACUAACACCCGCUAACCCUCUUAGAACUAUGCUAAUAAAGAAUAGCAUUUUAAAAACUAAGUAAUGCCCAAAAAUAGGCUUUGUGAGGCUCGUGCUGAACAAGUGAAAAAAAGCAAAGUGUGAGUCUGUCUGUCAUCAAUGAGUCUCUGAUCAGAGAGUGCACAAUACCGAGGGAAAGGAACAGGAAUGCGCCGCUUCUCACAAAAUCAGCUGAAACUUAGCAACACGCUACAGUGGAGCCAAUAUGGUUGACACAGCCAGUUGCUCAGUCACUGGCUCUGGCUCUCCGUUAUGAAAGCUGUGGUGUGUUAUUUAUUACUAGCCUGGGUGCUGUUUGUCAUGCAAUGUCUGUAUGCUCUUUUCUUAACCAAAGCUGAAAAAGAAAGCUGUUACUGUAUUCCAAAUUUCUUUAUAAAUAAAGUUGAAGUAUAUUGAGAGA